AUGAUACAGACGCAGUUCAACAAGAAAGUCAAAUUUGUGCGACACGAUGGAGCCCGCGAGUUUGCGACAAACUCGCUUCAAGAUUUCUACGAAGUCGAAGGCAUCGAGCAACAAACCACGGUGCCAUACGCACAUCAAGCCAAUGGAACUGCUGAACGCGCGAUUCGAACUAUCGUCACCAUCGGUCGUAGCAUGCUCCAUCAUGCCAAGUUGGACAAGUGCUUCUGGGCUGAAGCGGCAAUGACGGCCGUCUAUGUGAAGAACCGUUUGCCGUCACCCAAGAUUCCACACAAGACACCGUUCGAGAUUGUCUACAAUUCUAAGCCAAGUGUCAAGCACAUGCGCGUUUUUGGGUGCCAAGCAUACAUCUUGACCCCGAAGGAGAAACGACUCAAGUGGGAUCCCAAGGUCCGGGCUGGAUUGUUUUUGGGCUACGAAGAAGUGUCCAAGGCGUAUCGAGUUUAUGACAUCGAAGCGGGGCAGGUGAUGAUAAGUCGCGAUGUCAACUUCGAUGAGUCGGCCUUUGGAAUGUCGAUGCUGAUUUCCGAUGACGAUGUUGAUGGCCUGGACUUCGAAUCGAUCGAUCUUGAUGAUGAAGAACCGCGUCCGAGACACUUCAAACAAACAGGAAAGCGCAAGGCCCAACCCAGUCACGACAAUGACGACGCAAGCAUGCCCCGAGCAGUGCGCCAACGACCCGGAUUGGAAGAGUCAAGUGCGCCGGAUGUAUUGAGGGUUACCGGUACAAUCCGAACCUAG